UUUGCCAUUACGAGGUUUCCGAAACCUUCAAAGGCAACAUUCUUACCACGCGAGAACCGAGCGGAGCCACGUAGCUAGCGGCUCCGUUUCCCUGACAGAUGGACAGCUGAUCGUCGCCCAGUAUACUUGACACUCGGCGUAAAAAAUAAAGGUCCUAAUCGGCUGCCGCAAAUUACUGUAACCAGCGACCCGCCACUUUGUGUUCUGAGUGACUGUAGCUCAAGUCUACCUUCACUCAGGGAUCAAUAAUCAACAAGUACUUGAGUUACCUGCCCAACGUACAACUCCCGGAUCAGUCGCACGCAUUCGGUCUGAGCUGUGUGGAUAGCAGACGCACACACACUCUCAAGGAUUUAAAACACAGCCUGCUUCAGUGCCCACACACACACACACACACACACACACACACACACACACACCUCACAGCAAAUAUGGCCGCCCAGCUGGCCAACUUCGGCAAAAUCCUGCUGCGCCGCCGGGCAUUAGACUGCUCCAAUGAGGAGACCCGAUUCGCCCGCUGCCUGUCCACUCUGGACCUCAUCGCUCUGGGCGUGGGCUCCACGCUCGGCGCCGGCGUGUACGUCCUCGCGGGCGAGGUCGCCCGAGAAAAGGCCGGACCGGCUAUAGUCCUCUGCUUCCUCAUCGCCGCUCUGUCCUCCAUGUUGGCGGGCCUCUGCUACGCGGAAUUCGGCGCCCGUGUCCCCAAAACGGGCUCCGCGUACCUUUACAGCUACGUGACGGUCGGAGAGAUCUGGGCCUUCAUCACCGGGUGGAACCUCAUCCUCUCCUAUGUGAUAGGCACGGCCAGUGUUGCCAGGGCUUGGAGCUCAACGUUCGACAGCUUGGUGGAGCAAAAGAUCUCCAAUUUCUUCAAGGCCUCCAUGACGAUGAACGUACCGGGCAAUGUGCUGGCCAAGUACCCCGACCUGUUCGCCCUCAUCCUGGUCCUGCUGCUCACUGGACUUCUGGCCUUCGGCGUGAACGAGUCAGCGCUGGUGAAUAAGAUCUUCACCGGCAUCAACCUGGUGGUUCUGGGUUUCGUAAUCAUCUCCGGCUUUGUCAAGGGGGACACACACAACUGGAAACUGACCGAGGAAGACUACCACCAGUUCAUAAACGACACCAACAGCACCACGCCGGCACUAGUGGAGAAGUUUGGCGUGGGCGGCUUCGCUCCGUUCGGCUUGAAUGGAGUCCUGUCCGGUGCUGCCACCUGCUUCUACGCCUUUGUAGGCUUUGACUGCAUCGCCACCACAAGCGAAGAGGCGAAGAACCCCAUGCGCUCCAUUCCCAUCGGCAUCGUCGCCUCGCUCUUCAUCUGUUUCUUCGCAUACUUCGGCGUGUCCGCCGCGCUCACCCUCAUGAUGCCGUACUACCAGCUGAACACCCAGAGUCCUCUGCCCGAGGCCUUCAGCUACGUCGGCUGGGCUCCAGCCCGGUACAUCGUGGCCGUGGGCUCUCUGUGCGCGCUGUCCACCAGUCUCCUCGGCUCCAUGUUCCCCAUGCCCCGAGUUAUCUACGCCAUGGCGGAGGACGGGCUGCUGUUCCGUGUUCUGUCCAGGAUGAACGCUCGUACCAAGACUCCUCUCCUGGCUACCAUCGCGUCCGGCGUUGUUGCAGCUCUGAUGGCCUUCCUGUUUGACCUAGCGGCACUGGUUGACCUCAUGUCCAUUGGAACUCUGCUGGCGUACUCUUUGGUGGCCAUCUGUGUCCUCAUCCUCAGGUACCAGCCGGGCACCCUGAGUUCGUCCAGCCAGACGGAGAAGCUGGUGGAGCUGGUGGAGGGCGAGAAGGUGGCGGUGAGUGGAGACGACAGCGGGGACGAGAGGGACGAGGAGAGGCCGCUCCGCGAGGCCUUCACCGUCAAGCUGCUCUUCUGUCCGAGUGGAAAGAUCCCCACGCAAACCUCGGGGAACAUCGUCUACGCCACCACCGCCAUCAUUUCGCUUCUCAUCACGGUGCUGUGCAUCAUCCUCGCCAACUGCCUACAGGAGCUGCUGGCCGGCCAGCCGGCCGCCGUGGUGCCGUGCGUCCUGCUGGCCCUGCUCUGUGUCGUCUGCCUCGUCAUCAUCUGCAGGCAGCCUGAGAGCAAAGAGGCGCUCACCUUCAAGGUCCCUCUGCUUCCCUGGUUGCCCCUGUUCAGCGUCUUUGUCAACAUCUACCUCAUGAUGCAGCUGGACUGGGGAACGUGGUGCCGCUUCGCCGUGUGGAUGCUCAUCGGUUUCAUCAUCUACUUCUGCUAUGGUAUUCAGAACAGCAGCGAAGCGACCAAGAGGUCCUCCCUCCGCAAAUACGAGUCCGCCAUGCAGAAAAAGAGCCCCAUUUACACCGGCGCCCCUGACGACAGUGACACGGAAGCAGGCGGCAGCGCAUGAGGCCUCCGGACGCCGACCUGGGGAGUGUCGCCAGAGCGUCUACAAUCAUUUUGGCAACUUAGUUGAAAUGGAAGCCAAAUGCUGCAAUGUAGGAGGCUUGAAAGACGGCCCCUGGGUUCACAAAGGGAGGAGAGGCGGCAAACACACACACACACACACACACACAUACAUCUUACCUCUGCUUCGGAGGCUGAUUAACUUGACGUUUAGAGACUGCGAGAGAAAUACUCUCCGGCCCAAUGUUUCUGUCCACCUGUACUUAGCCGUAGUCCUGUGGGAGAUAAAAACCAGCCUCUAACACCAGAAAGGACCGAACUAACAGACGAGUACUACGAGUCACCGUAGUUCUGCUUUCUGUUCGCUGGGAGAAUGUUAGACUUCAACUACUUUCUUUUAUGCUUUGUCUCCGUUAUUGGCGCCUGCGUUUUGGAGCCACCGGGCCGAGACUACUGUGUCCAUCAGUUAGUACUCCAUCCCUAAAGCUAGACUUCAGUGAGCCGAAGCCCCGGCCUUCAGCGCUUGACCUGCCUGGUUUAUCGGUUCCCGUUGGUUGGUGGGUAACCAAGGGCAACGCUGAGGCUGCCGGUUCACAAUGCCGACGUCGUGGGGGCCUCUGCGGUCGGGUCGGCAGCACAAAAAAAACGACGUUGGCGUCAUUGGCAGCGAUCGGUUCAGUGUGUGAAGUACAAAUGGCCCCUGAGCUCCCAGAGGACAGCCCUACAGGCGGUCUGCACACCGCCCUUUUUAAAAUAUGAUGAAAUAACUUGCUUAUCUUAAAUUAUUGAAUUUGUAUUCUUGCUCAUAGACGUGUUGAAAUGUUUGCAGGUAUUUUGUGGCCUUUUUGUUCUAAUUUAAACCAAAAUGACUUUAGCAGAAAUGAACUACUUUUCCCCCAUUUUAAAAGGCCAAAAGCCCAGAUGUAAAAGUAAAAACGACAAAGCAGGAUCAUAGGUUUUGGUUUUGAUCCAGAUUUUCUCCAUAACAAAAAAUAUUCAUGAACUUUUCAGAAAUCCAUGUGGUUAGUUUUAUAAUUGCAGUUUAUUCUUACACUGUCGGUUUCAUAUUCAUUUUUUGCAGUUGAUGAGAUUUGAAAUCCACACACUAUUAACAUUACGUUGUAUCUCACGAGCAUUUACAAUGUGUCCACCUCCGACGCAUCUGAACACAGGGUGUAUUUCAUCAUCCAUAUCACCUUCUGGUUUUUACGUUGCUUUGAAAAGACUCGGUAUGGUUCUUGUUUAGUUUCAUUUGAAACCUGUUCACUUUUAUUGUUUUCAACUGUAAUUAGUUUUUACUACUUUAUUUUCUGAUACAACUGCUAUUAUUGAAAUGGUUUAGGUAUUGUUUGUUUGUUUGUUUUAUUUCAUAAACAUAUCUGUUUUUAGAGCCUAAUGUAUUCAUUUUUAAUUGUUACAUGUACAGUUUUUAGUAUGCUUGUCCUUGUUUUUUUCAUUUUUCUUUGUUGCUUAUGUCUUGCAUCAAAUGAAAUAAUUCUUUCUGACCAAAUGACCAAUGGAGUUUUUCAAAACAAAAAAUGACCUCUAAGAGUUGGUCUCUAAAUUGUAAAAUAUGAAAGAACACGUUUUAACCCCAACCGUUUUGAGUCAAAAUAACUUGUUUAUAGUUUUUUUCAUUUAAGCGCUUUAUUGUCAAAUGUACAGCAUUUGCUUAGAAAUGUCUUUAUUUGUAUAACGCUGUAAAAUUAACACAUGACUUUAAAAUUAAGAAAUGUAUAUUAUAAAUUACAUUGGAUGUCAUUUUAUUUGACACCUAAUGCUACUGCAAUCCAAAAGAUACAAAUUUUGCCCAUUUCCCCAAUGAAAUGAAUUUAUAUUGAAGAAUUUCUGUAAAUACCGAAAGAUAACACUAAAGUUCAGAGUUUUUCUUUUUUAAUUCUUCAUCCAGUAAAUUAAUAUCGGCCCUAAAGUAGGAGGAGAGGGGGGGGAUUUUGGUUGAGCUUGUGUUUCUAGAGGGUGUCAAUCAGUGAACUGGCCCCGGAAGAAGCAUCUUUCUCCCGAUGAACACUUGGGUUGGUAAAGCCGUCUUGCUGAAUUCUCCACAAUUAAAUAGCAGGAAUGAUGAAGUCUGCCUGCGACGUCAUGGAGAUAUUUUGUGGCUGUGUUGUAAUUCACGCGGAGCUCUUCAUACUCAGCCCUUGUGCCUUUCAUAAAUCUAUUCUAUUGCCUCCCCUCAAUGCCAUCUCAUUGACGGCAUUGCAUUUCUUUGUUUUAUAUACUGUACAUAUUGCUGUCGUAAAAAAAAUGUAUUUUCAUUGUUUUCUUUUUUUAAUAAAACAGUGAUUCGUGCUAAAGGCGGA